AUGUCGUCGCAGACCAUGAUUGCGCCAGCCGUGGGCCAUCGACCGCCUGAUCCAGGCCCCGAUAGCCCUUUGUACGACUAUGGCUGCUCACCGAAUGCCACACCCCCUUCAAACACUCGAAACGACUCCGCAAUCCGCGACAUGCAGAAGAAUUCUGCCCCGUCAACCCCAAACGGCAGAUCCGCCCCAGAGGUUGGAAUUAAGACAGAAUGCUCAGAUAGUCAGGACCUUUCUGCAGCGCAACAUAAAGAUGCGAAUACACAAAAUGCCGCUAGUGCGCUGCUAGCUCAACUCCUUGGCAAUCAGUCGGCGCCAAAUUCUGCCCCUACCGCGAUAGAACAAUCUGGACAACACGGCGAGGACCAAGAUCUCAAUAUGGAUAUCAAGAUGGAUGAUUCAAUUUCUCAGCCCUUCGACAUGGCCGCUCACAACGCCCCGCCUAUGGACACAACUUUACAACAAGACUCCGCGAUAUCUCGUGAGAUUCAAGAUUUGCUGAACGGGAAGGCUAUGGGCGAUGAGCUUAUGGUUGCAAAUUCUGCCCAGGACAUAAGCCACGCUGGUUUCAAUACAUCUGAUGCGAUGGAUACACUCACAGAUCCCCUUAACCUCAAGGACGGUGUGGAGCAACCAUCUCUCCUGCCGCCUUUGGACUUCACCGCCGACCCGAAAAAUGCCUUCGAAGCCCUCCAUCAAAACGAAAUGCUCACAGCCGAUUUUUUUUCGCAAAACACCGAUCUAUCGGCCUUCGGAUAUCCGGACGGAACGGCUUCAAUCGCUGGGUCGGAGCCUAAGAUCCAAGCAUUCGCCAAAUUGGAGUUUGACGACGGUCAUUUCUACGUCAAUACCUACUCUUUCAUUCUAGGGCGAGACGUGCGCGCCGCUCGCGCGGCCCAUCACCGAGAGUUCCAGUACCGGCAGGCCGUGCGAAGCUCUCGAGCAAAGAGCUCGAGUGGAGGAAACACAGCACAUACUCCAAACCGUAUGAAACGGGAAGAAAGCGCUGCGAUGAUGGGCAGUGUUGUCAGCGAUCGUGGAGGUAUUAUGGGCUUUGAUCCCGAUGUUCCUUCGCAUCUUCCGGGCAACAUGGCCCCAAGCCGACGCUCAUCAAAAUCCUCGUUUGAUGAUACUGUGAUACCCCUACAUGCAAACCCAGCUCAAUUGCAGUCAACGACUGAUUACAAUGCGCUGGCAAUGCAAUCAUUACAAGAUGGCAACGGGGAGGCCAAGCCUGUUGACGCAUUGGCUCUUCUCCCGUCUCCUGAUUCUUGUCCAACUAUCCCAAUUCAUCCUCCGACGACUGUUGACGGCAGUGCUGCAGGUCAUCGAGGAAUCUCCCGCAGACAUGUCCGCAUCUCCUACAAUUUCGAUCGCAAUUUGUUUGAGAUGGAAGUCAUGGGACGCAACGGAGCUUUCAUUGGGGCUGAUUGGCUCUCGCCGGGGCAGGUUCGCCCUUUACACAGCGGCGACUACAUUCAAAUUGGAGGCGUACGCAUUCGCUUUUUGCUGCCAGACGUUCCCAUUGGCGAAACAGGAGCCGAUCGGAUGGAAGAGAAGGUGGCAGAGGAGGCCGAACAGGAAGAAGACAAAGAUGCUCGCGCUUCAGUCGAAGUCGACGACGACAUGGAUGAAUCUGAGAGGCUUGGAAGCGACAGUGGCGAAAGUCGGGAACCUUCUAGCAAAGCGUCUAAGCUCAUACUCAAGACCAAGGACUCCAAGUCUUCCCAGACAAUGGAUUCGAUCGAGGAUAAUGACUCGCAGCCCGCUCGCCGCCGUGGACCUGGACGCCCGCCCAAGGAUGGGAUCAUGUCUAAACGCGAGCGAGCAGAGCUUGCCCGUGAACAAAAGCUUGCGGCUAAGCGCGAGGCCAACGGAGGCGUUACGCCGCCUCCGCUCAAGAUGCCUCCUAAGGCCGGGAAGACAGUCGCCAAAGAAUCUGUCGUUCCCGAGUCUCCUACAAAUAAGCCAUCAGAGAAGCGGAAAUACACCAAGCGAAAGAAGACCGACGGAACACCAAUGGAUUCUCCUCUUCCCUCGACAGAAGGUGGCCAGAUGUCCGCAGAGCCGCGGCAAGAAGAAUAUGUCAAACCACCACCAGUCAAGAAACGCAAGCCAUCACGGUCACCGUCUCCCAACUAUCCUCCGGAAUCUGCUUACACGCCUGAGGAUCUGGCGAAGCCUCCAUACAACUAUGCCGUUCUCAUCUUCGAUGCGUUGACAGAAGCCGGCACGCCAAUGACAUUGAAGCAGAUCUACCGUGCAUUGAAACUGAAGUAUCCCUACUUCCGCUUCAAGUGUGAGACCGAGGGUUGGACGUCUAGUGUGCGGCACAAUCUCAACGGCAAUGGCCACUUGUUCAUGCACGCAGAACGAGAUGGCAAGGGAUGGUCAUGGCAACUCAUUCCAGGCGCGUCGGUUGAGAAGGAAAAGAAGCGACGUCCCUCGCCGCCUCCACAGGUUUCUCAUCCUCCUACGCCUGCUCCCCAGCAAUACAUGCCACAGCUGUCACACUCGGUGGCCAACAGCAGUCACAACCCCAACGGCCUCCCCAGGGACCACCUCAACACCAUUCUCCUUAUAUGCAACAAAAGCCGCAACCUCCUCAACCACCUCACACCAACCCGCCACCUCGAGCCUUCCCUCCAUCCGCCAAAUCCCCCACCGGGGCCACCGGAGUCAUCUUCAUUCAUUGACCGAGCUAACAAGGCCAUUGAUGACUUCGAGGCUGUGUUGAUGGAAGACUACGAGGAUAAGAACUACAUCCGCGAAGUCCUACGCAGUGCGCGUGCCCGCGUGUUGGGCGAUGCGCCAGAGAGCUCAUUCCCAGGUGGCGAGCCAAAGGACGAAGCCGUCAUUAUGGAUGUGCUUCGCAAUUUGGUUGGAAGCUUGAAAGACGAAUGA